UACAUUUUUCCCUGAACUCCCUAAACAAUAAUUCAAACUUAGCGGCGCAGACACCAUGACCAUAUUAAAGAAAUUGAAUUUCAUCACUGGCAACAGGAACAAACUAGGGGAGGUUAGAGCGAUUCUGGGCAAUGCAAUCGAGGUCGAUAACCAAGGGCUUGACAUUCCGGAGAUACAAGGGACUAUUGAAGAAAUUGCCAGAGAAAAGUGCAUGCGUGCAGCGGAAGUGAUCCAGGGCCCGGUUCUCACGGAGGACACGGCGCUUGAGUUUCAUGCACUUAAAGGCCUUCCUGGUCCAUACAUGUAG